GUAUGGGUGUUUCUCAGACUGCUAAAAGGAAACGCGCUAUUUCAAAACUAGUGUAUAUCGUACAACUCUAUUUACAGUUGACGUUUAGUAAUGUAAUACGUAAGAGUUUAUGUUGUUACUUAUUAGGUUUCUUUGAUGAUUGUAUAUAAUUCAUAGUCAUGAUCAAAUAAAACUAUUAAAAUCUAUAAUAAGUAAUAAGAAAAUAGUGGAGUGUAAAAUGAAUACUGCAUUAAAAAUUGACAGUUAGUUUCAGGGGAUGUUAACAAAAUGUGGUUAAAGUAAUCAGUGAUAUGAGUUGCAUAUAUAUUUUGACUAUACAAUAAUAUUUAUACAAUCUAGGAAUGUGUAUAGCAUAAACGACUUUUUAAAAAUCAUGAAAUUCAAUGAAAAAGAACUUGCAGAAGCAAGUAGCGGUCCUGCUGAUCUUGAAGGUCGUUUAAAUCAUAAACGAGCUCAUAAGUCAGGAUUUAAAGAAAAGUGGUUUAAGUUAAGAUGCAAUUUAUUGUUUUAUUUUAAUAUUAACGAAUUAGGACAUAUUAAUACAAGACAACCAGCAGGUGUAAUUAUUUUAGAAAAUUAUAGCAUCAAUACUGAUGUUGCAUCUGAAGGAGUAUUUGCAUUUAGUAUAGCAUUUCGAGAUGAACAUGAAAAGAGACAUGUUUUAAGUGGCCGUUCAGAAUCUCAAGUAGAACAGUGGGUUAAUGCGCUUAAGCAAGCAAGUUAUGAACAUUGGAGAUCUCGUUUAAUAAUGCUUCAGGAAAAAUUAUGUAAGAAAACAGGGAAAGAUCCUUUACUUAUGUAUCCCAGAAAUCAGGGGAUAAUUAGAGAUGAAGCAUGGGAUUCUACGCCAACUUUCCGAUCUCAUGUACGUUCUUUUACUACAUCAGUUGUAACAUCAACUGCAUUAAAUACAGUAACAAAAGAAAUGAAUUUGAUUGAAUUUUAAAUUAAGUAAUAUAAUUUUAUUAUCUUUAUACUAUAUUUUUAAAUUUAAAUACUAUUUAAAUAUAUAAGAGUUGCAUACAAAUAAAAUGAAAAAAUGUAGGUUUCCAGAAUAAAACACAAGUUAUUGCGAAAAAAGAUGGUAAGUGUGAUUUGUUUGUUGCAGCUAAUAUAUAACUUAUACUAGUUUUAUUAUAUGUACAAUUGAAAAGUAACUCUGUAACACUUAAUUGUAUAUUUUUUGUUAGUAUUAUUAAGAUUGGGUUUAAAAUA